GUGCCGUCGUGGGGGAGGUACGCGUCUCGUUUCGGCUCCAUGUGAAGUUUCCUUCGCUUGUCGGUGUUACGAAAUUUAAAAAUCGAACGCUUUGGUUAUAAGUGGCAGUUUUGUUUAUGGACGAAUGUUUCUGGGUUGUUUUUGAGGUGGCUUGUGAACAAGAAUGGAACAGAUCACAAAAUACUUGAUCAUCAUAGCAUCACUAAUGACCGUCAAGUUUACAGUGACUGGUAGUAAGAAUGAAGACACUGAACCGAGAAUGGAAAGACUUUAUUAUUCGCCAGUGUUUAUUAACGUUUGCGACAUUGUCGACCGGCGAUCUAAAGUUCACUGUUAUUGUGAUAGUAACAAGCCCAAAAUGGCUACCAGAGCGGACUGCUGGGUAUUUAGUGGAGGUAUUACUGAAGAGGACCUCAUCUGGCCUAGUUUUUCAUCGCAGUCCGAAAUAGAACAUCUGAUGUUUAACGUUAGGUCGGACGACGCGCUCACAUUCAUUCCAGCAAAAGCAAUAGUAAGGCUGGAUAAGUUGAAACAUCUCUCUAUACAAUUCGGGACUAUAAAAAGAAUCCCACCGUACGCAUUUACGAACUCUUCGACAGUCAGACAAAUUGUGCUAAAAUCAAAUAAGAUUGCUACAUUAGAGAAGCACUCGUUUUCACAGAUGAUGAUGCUAUCGAACUUAAGCCUGGAUGAAAAUCAAAUAUCCGAACUAAAGAGAGACGUGUUUUUUGGACUACCGAACCUACACGUUCUACAUUUAUCGAAUAACAAUUUAAGUCUGAUUCACGAAGGUUGUUUCAAGCACUUAAAUAAUUUAAUAGAACUCAAUUUGGAUUAUAAUUACAUAUCAGUAGUAACUAGAGAAAUGUUAGAAGGACUCGAAAACCUAUCUAGAUUGAAUUUGAGAAAUAACAAACUAACAAUGGUUGGGAAUUUGGCUUUUAGUGAACUGUGGGGAUUGAAAGAGCUGAUGUUAGAUAAUAAUGCUAUAGAAUAUAUAUCAGAGAGGGCUUUCGGGGGCCUCACGCAGUUGAGAAAAUUGACGUUGUCCGGUAAUAAGCUGACAAAGUUCUACGAAGAUAUACUGGAUGAUAUAAGAAGCCUAGUCAUCUUAGAUUUGAGGUACAAUAUGUUGGAAGCCAUCUCGUAUGAAACAGUUCGGGCAGUGGUGGAGAAUGACAAAUCUGCUUCAACUGCAGUUUAUUUGGAAGGUAACCCACUCAGCUGUAAUUGCCGGCUCUCCUGGAUCUACGCGUUACGCAACGAGACGCGAGACAACACGCUAAGGCAGGCUCUCGAGAAAGUAUCAUGUGUCACCGACCUAACUGUCGACAGGCACUUGAACGACCAAGAAGAUAACGAAAGCGCCAAAGAUAAUGUCCUACCCGACGACACUUACGACUAUUAUGAUAAAACCGAAGAGUAUUCCGAAAGGAAAUUCACCAAAAAAGCUACGAAACUUAUCGAUAUUCCCCUGGAAACUCUCCCGUGCCCCAAAGAGCUGAUGCAAACUGAGGAGUACGGCCACCCAGUACAAAACGAGAUCAGACUCAAAGCGUUCUCCAAUGUCGAUAAAAUAUCUCCGUGUUUAAUUUUAGUUGUAUUCAUGCUGUUGUGUUAAUUUGUAAGUAUGAGACAAAAAUAUUUGUGAUAUUAGACGUUAAUUAGUGUAUCUCUCGUGUACAGAUUUAAUAUAUUUGUUGUUCUAAAUGUAGCUGUUGUAUUCUGCCAUUUUAUAUUUUAAAGUGUGCGGUGUGCGUCCUAAUUCUUGGAUGGUAUAAUCUUGUUUAAUUAAUGGAAACUGUACGGUUUUUGUUUCGUUGUGACAUGCUCAUGCGAAUACUUAGCUCCAUUAACCUUAUUAGUUCUGCUUAUACAGUCUAUACAAAUUAGGUUUAAGAUGCCUUUUAGUAUAUCAAGGUAAUAAUAAUGUAACUGACUAAUAUCUUGACUUGGUUCACGAGGUUGUCAACAUGUAGAAUGUGGAUUCGGCUAUCAUUGUGCCGACAGUCGUGUCGGCUAGUGGGUUAAUACCCAACAGCCUCGUUAAUACUUUAGGAGGCUGGCGUUGGGUGAUUGGAUAAAGCAGCUUGAUACAGAAGGCAGUUCUCCUGGAAAUGGCACGUAUUGUGAGGAGGUUUCUGUUUCUGGAGCUAUUGUACACACUAGCUCAGCAUUUUCAGCACUCUCUAGCUACAGCUGUGCGAGAAAGAUGCGCAGCUCGAGUGUCGAUAGUAGGAAAGCCAUCCAUAGAACACAUUCAUAGCAUGCAUCUUUCCAUAUAAUAAAUAUUGCUUAGCUGAGUCCGUUUCCACCAGUACUAAACUAUAUGUACCAAUUAAUAUGAUUGGUGGAAGCCAAAGGCAUCCUACGUAACAUAACACAACACUGGUGGCAAUCGCCCUUAUGAUUAAAAAACGUCAGAUAUCCACCAUUAAAACUAAAUAACAUAUCUGGUUUAUCAAUUUUUAAAACCAAACUUUAUAAAUUGACGGAUAAAAAUACGUUUCAAGUUUCAAAUGCUAUAUUACAAUUUAUUUUAUCGAAAACACGUCACCUCGAUUUCAUGUCGAUAAAUAACAGCCAGUAAUUAGAACUCCACCACACGCUUUUGUUUUAAAAAUAAAAUGUUCUUUUUUAUUAAGGGUGUCACGUUUCAUAGAGUGUACAGCAAAAAAUUUCAUCUCGUUAAAGGAGAGUCCGUAGGGAUUAGCUCGAUGUGUGAUUCGGGCAACAUUCCGAAUGCGAGCAUCGUAAGCCGGGACGCUUAAAAUUAUCUGGCUUUUGUAAAAUUUAGCAAGGAUUUACUCUAUUAGAAGAAUAUUUUAAAAGCGAAUAAAUCGCUUUCAAUUCAAGUUGUAUUAAUGUAAAUAGUUGUACAUGUUCAGUCUGUUAAUUAAUGUUCCAGCAAUGUUGGGAUUAUUUUAAAUAAUUAUUGUUAUGUUGUUGUUUUAGAUGAACAAUUUCCAUUAAUAAAUAGUUGUAUUUCAUUGACUCUUAGUUAAGCGAAUGUUGUUCGUGAAAUAUUCAAUGUGCACGUAUAAAUAAUUAUGGAUAUUUGUUAUAUUAAUAUGAGAGUUUAGUCUGCGUACAGUUUAAAUUAUAAACACGAUAAUUAUUUAUCUCAUUUCUUAGUAAAUCAACAUCACUGAUUUAUUAUUUAACAGCACUACAUAAAUAGAUCAGGAUAGUGAAAUCACAAAUUCUAUUUUAAGCAUAGGUACAUAAACCACUCCAUAUAAAUAUUCCUCAGUAGGUAUUACCAGGUUCUGUGAUUUUAACAAAGGUUACACGAUACUAGGGACGUCCUUCGGAUGCCUGGGAAUCCUCCGACAUACCUCAGCAUCACUCGGCAUUCCAAUGAAUACUUUCAAAGUCGUACCCUCCCCUGCCGUGGCGGUGAACGGCAACCUUUCUCAUCAAUUCAAAAUUCGAAACUGAGGUACAGCGAUACCAACUUAUAAACAAAUAAGUUUGUUAAAUUGUAUUCGCGAUCGCUUCUUUGAUUGUGGUUCGAAUUUAAUAUUUAAAACUAGCUUCUGCCUGUGGCUUUGCCCGCGUUUCUGUGGGAUAUAAAGUAGCUUAUCACCUAAGUCAGCUCAUCAACAUCAUCAUCAUCAGCCGAGAGACGUCCACUGUUGAACAAAGGCCUCCCCCUUAGUCCUCCACGUAGAACGACAAGCCGCCACCUGCAUCCACUGGCUCCCCGCGACUCUGACGAGUCAGCUCAUACCCUGUCUGUAUACAAUUUUCGUCAAAAUCCAUUCAGUACUUUCAGUGUGAUUGAAGAACAAACAUCCAAAGAAACCAACUUUUACAUUUUUUUAAUAUUAGUGUAUUCAAUAAAUAGUCUAUACUUCUACCUGAGGACAAAAGAAGGACGUCUGUAGUUAAAUAAUGAGAAUUUUGUCACAAAAGUCUUAGUAAAAAUUUAAAGUAUUUUCAGUCUAACAACUUUGAUCCCGGGUAACGAUACGGCCGUCUUUAUCGAGAUUAUAGGCUAUUUUAUCCUUUAAUUAUACAUGAGACUAACACCAGUGGAGCAGACAAAAUGGCUACGGAAUUUUAUUAAAUAUCCUGUUGGUUACGUGAACUGAAUUCUUAUUGUAUACUUGUGUUGCUAAGGUCGCUUCAUAACUGCCUUCUUUAACUCUUUUGGAAAAUGUAUUGCGAGUGUGUGUGCUAUUACUUUAUUUGUAGGCUGUGUUCCUUGGUAUAUUUCUUGUAUUUUAUUUGUUUGUGCGCGGUGACUUCCAUUUUUGGAAAUUCUUUGAAUUGUAUUCUUGUGAAGGCUGGCUCUUAUCAGAACCGAUUUGUAUAUUUUUGUUCGUCAUUGUAAAUUGUAUAAGUUUUGAGCACUUGUAAUGUGACGCAAUGUCACGCCUUAUAUUCCCGAAGGGGUAGGCAGAGGUGCACGUAAUGCCGCUAUACAAUACAAAUACACCCACUUUUCACUUGCGUUAUAAGUCUCGUGUAAUAGGGGGUGAGCCUAUUGCCAUAUACUGGGCACAAUUCCAGACUCCGUGCUACUACUGAGAAAUAUUCGAAAAACUGAAAAAAGCCCAGUAAUAUUUUGCCCGGCUCGGGAAUUGCACCCUUGUCCGGUAAUCGCACUUGCGAUCACUCGACCAACGAGGCAGUCUUAUAAUGUAUCAAAGGUCAAUGUCAAUUUAUAAUUAAAGUUGCUUACAUUUAUCCACCUACUACGAUAGAGAUACGGUGGCAUAUUUUACUAUUAUAAUAGUAUCCGUUAACAUGAUUUUAAUCUAGUAAAAGAGGAAUAUUUCAAACAGAACCUACGUAAGUCAAGUUACACAAUUUGACAUUUCAAAAAUAAACCACUUAAUUAUCAACCUGAAACUGUUCUUUGUUUUCAGCGAAAAUCAAUUCGAGUUACUAAUUGGCGGAUUUGAAUAUAAAAUUAUGUAACCUAUAAAGUUGUUCUAACAAAUUCUGGUGGAUUUAAAAUUCUGGGUUUUCGUCGAAUCCUAGCUUUCAAACUGGGUCAGUUGAUUGGUACGGUUUUUGUUAAUAUGUACCUAUUGGGAAAUGCCUCGAGCCACGUAGUACAUAUCUACUAUUUUAGUUAACACUUUAACGUGAUUAAACCCUUGGUUGCUUCAUCUGUCAUCCCUUAGUACGAGUUUGCUUUACGUUGACCGAAAACGAAACGAAAACGCUUUCUGUGCUCUGAUUGGAAAGAACUAACGUCGAACGCCCUCUGGAUUGGUUCUCGUUAAACUUAAAACAAACUCGUACUAAACCCUCUGCAACUGAGUGUCAUACCAAAAAUCAAACCAAUAAUGGAUAAAAAUAUGUAUAUGUCAAAACCACUAGUCAUUUAAAAAUAGAAUUGUAAAUAAACAAAAAAAAGAAAAUCUUUAAUAUUGUUACUUAGGAUUUAAGCUUAAUUUAAUAAAACACAGAUAAUUAAAAAAAUACACACAAUUUAUUGAAUUGUUCUUAAAGAUAAAACGAUGUAAAUUGAGCCUGUAUUUGUAUAAUGUUAAUAUUUAAGAUCAAAUUAAUAGUAUUUCAACGUUGAAGUUAAUUGUACAAAAUGUAUUCCUGUUAAAAAAUAUCGUGUAUAUUGUAAUUAAUUAGGUUGUGUAUAGUCUUCGAUUCUGUUGUAAUAAAUAUUUCUACCCGUGCA